CAUGAGAGCUUGGAAAAUGCACCUGGCUCAGGUGGACAGUGGACAGCAGAAAUGCAUGAAACCAAUCCAACAUCAUGUAACACAAAGCCUACACCACUAGAAGGGGCAACUUGGAAUUCACAAACAGAAAACCACGGACAUGACCAUGAAUCUUGGCUUGAAGGGAGUCAUGACAGUUCUGCCAGAGGAAGUCUCAAGACGUGUAUUCAGUCAGCAAACAAAAUGAAAUGGUACUUUCUGGAUCCUGACUCAGAAGAGCUUGUAGCUUAUGAUGAUGGAGUAAGUGAAGCCAUUGAGCAGUCCUAUCUCCAGGGGGGUAAUGAUCACAGACUACCUGUUGACGAGCAGUCGGAAACUCAGUUUAUAGUCAACUUCAAAAGUAUGGUGGAGUAUGCUGACUAUGACCCUAGUGACAAAGUAGAAGUUCUGAGAAGGGAGGAAAUUGACACAGAUACUGUGUCAGGAGAGGGCCUCCCAAGCACCUGGAGUCCUAUGGAGAAAAGAGUAGAUGCUGUGCUUUUCAAACUGACAGAUCCAACAGUGUAUGAAAUGGUGAAGAAAAACAUUAGAAGGUCAUGUGGACAUCUUGAUGUGUCAGUUCUCAAGGUUGAGAGUGUACAGAAUGAAGAAUUACACAGAAGAUACCUUGCAAAGAAGAAUAGCGUAGCAUCUCCUCAUGAAAUGAAUUUGUGGUAUCACUGCAACAUGACUGACUCCAUCAACCCCAUCAGCAAAUACGGCGUCAACCUCAACUUCUGCAGAAACCUGUCUGAGCCUCUUGGUGAAGGAAUCUACUUCUCCGACUCACAAAUUGACCACACUGCCACAACAUCCACCGAUGGUUCUCAGUAUGCCUUUCUCUGCUGUGUGUUGGUUGGUGUCUCUGCCAAAGGAAAACCUAACCUUCGAGAUCCCCCGUCUCGACCAUCUGAUGACAAUUCCUUCUAUGACUCAGUGGUUGAUACUGUUCACAAUCCAUCGACAUAUGUGAUCUUCAGUGAUGCCCAGGUCUACCCUGAAUAUCUUGUGACCUACAAAAUCAACAAGGAAUAGGAACAGUGUGGAUACAUCAGUAUAGCUGAGUCAGAACAUGAGUAAAACAUGCGAACUCUUGACAUGACCACAACAAUAUUAUCGUCAAGAAUUGUUCUCUGUACAUAAUGUGCACUGUAUAUUUGCUGUUGUUUUCAAACUUUGAAGGUAAACUUUGCUUCAAUUAAUGCUUUGAAAUGUACAUGGAUAUGCAAAACUUUACGAAUGAGUGAGUUUAGUUUUACACUGCUUUUAGCAAUAUUCCAGCAAUAUCACGGCAGGAGACACCAGAAAUGGGCCUCACCAAAACUUUAAGAGUACAUACACAUUUUCCCUUACAUGAUUGUUUUAUAUUAUAAUAUAAGUGCUUCAAACCAAAUUCCUAUUAUUAUUGUUGUUAUUAGUAUUAGUAGUAGUACAUUAGUAUUAUUUUUAUUCAAUUAGAAUGCAAGCGUACAUUGCCUCAGCUCCAUUUAGGAAAUUAUGCUUUAUGCUUCUUUGUACUUAAACAAACAUGUCAUGAACUUACGCGUGUUGAUGCUGACAUGCUCUUGCUGCAAACAACCAUCUCUUCCAUGUUGUAGGAAGACUCCUUGAUGUACGUAAAUUGGGGGGGGGGGGGGGUGUCAUCAUCACCCCCCGGACCAUAACUUUUGAAGGAUGUCUUAGUGGGAUUUCUCCAUGCAGGUUUUACUUUUAGCAUGGACGUUCGGCCUGGUUUGUUGAAUGAAUACGAACAUGAACUGUACAGUUCAGGAUUCAGGACAUGUCCUUUCUGCAGUAUGAUCGUUCAGUGGAACAAUAUGGCCUAAAUUUGUUUCUGCCUGCCUUAUGAUUGUAUACAGAUUAUCAUGAAUGGUAUGCAGGUUGUAAAGAUUAUAAUCAAAUACAACAUCCUGUUUCAUUCUGUGGCAGAUAUUUUGUAAAAUGUGGAGUUGUGUUACGUUUUGGUUAUCUGAUUGCACC